AUGAAGUUGUUUGGUGCUCUCCUCGUCACGUCCGCUGCCGCCACCAAGCAGUCCGUGAGCACGCUCUCGGCUGACGCGCAAUCCGAGCUGCGCGCCGAGUUGAGCAAGUGGCGGGAAGAGUUUGGAUCUGCUGCUGCGGUGCAGGGCUUGUUGCCCCACGCCACCGAAAGCUCGAACCCGAUUCAGGCGGAAAACGACGCGCUCCAGCGGUUCUACGACAACAAGCUCGCGAUCGAAGAGGCCCGUCGCAACAACCCCGAAGCCACGUUCGACUACAACCACCCGUUUGCUCUCAUGACACAGGCCGAGUUCAAGAAGUUUGUGGAGGGUGUGUCGCUGGAGGAAAGCCGCAGUGCGUUCCGCUCGGUCCCCGAAGCCGAUUUGAACGUGAGUAGCGUCGCGGCGGCGUCGGUGGACUGGACCACAGGCAAGUGCGUCAACCCCGUGCGCAACCAAGGCCAGUGCGGAUCGUGCUGGGCCUUCUCGGCCGUGGGUGCCGCGGAACCGGCGCACUGCAUCGUGACGGGAGAGCUCCUGGACCUGUCCGAGCAGCAAGUGACGAGCUGCUCCACCGCGAGUGGCAGCGCGGGGUGCAACGGCGGGUGGCCGUACGCCGCCAUGACGUACGUGUCGACGACUGGACUCUGUUUGGAGAAGGACUACCCGUACACGUCUGGCAGCACGAGCCAAACCGGCACGUGCAACAGCAACUCGUGCACGACGAAGAAGCUCAGCAUCGGCGCGACUGUCCGCGUGAAGGGCGAGGCGGCGCUGGACGCGGCACUCAACACGCAGCCUCCGUCAGUGUUGGUCGAAGCGGGUAACUCCGUGUGGCAAAACUACCGCUCGGGUGUGAUCACGCAAUGCCCCGGGUCGUACUCGGAUCACGCCGUCGUCGCCGUGGGAUACGACGAUACGUCGUACAAGAUCCGCAACUCGUGGGGCACCAAUUGGGGCGAAGCCGGCCACAUCCGCCUCAAGCGCGGCGUGAGCGGCAAAGGCAUGUGCAACGUUGCCGAGGACGUCGUGUUCCCCAAGAUCGAAGGCAACACGCCUACGACGAAGCCAACCCCAACGACCAAGCCCACUCCUACGACCAAGCCCACUCCUACGACCAAGCCCACUCCUACGACCAAGCCCACCCCUACCACUGCUCAACCCGACCACCGACUACACCAAGGAAGCCUGUGA